AUGAAUUUCUUCACCCCAAAAAACUCCCUGCCCUUGAUUUACAUACUCCUCACCGUCUUACUUUUGGCGAACGUGAAAUGGGCCUCGGCCGCAAACUGCAGCUCAUGCCCACCCAAAAUGUGCUGCAGCAGAUUCGGCUUCUGUGGCACAACCGAUGAUUACUGUGGCAACGGUUGUCAGUUUGGACCGUGCACUGCUCCACGAGGCAAUAACGGAGUAAAUGUGACUAAUAUUGUGACCGAUGUUUUCUUUAACAAUAUAAUUAAAAAAUCCAAGCCCAGCUGCAAGGGGAAAGGAUUCUAUACGCGCUCGGCUUUUCUUUACGCGCUACUAGAUUUUCCCGAGUUCGGGACUCAGGGAACAGUAGAUGCUUCCAAGCGCGAGGUUGCGGCGUUUUUCGCGCAUGUUACGCAUGAGACUGGGUAUAUGUGCUAUAUUGAAGAGAUCAACGACUACUGUGACAAAACUAACACGCAAUAUCCAUGCACGCCUGGCAAGGGCUACUACGGGCGGGGCCCGCUACAAUUAUCGUGGAACUACAAUUAUGGCGCGGCUGGUGAUAGCAUACAUUUCAAUGGAUUGAAUGAUCCUGAUAUUGUAGCUAGAGAUUCGGUUAUCUCAUUCAAGACCGCACUCUGGUUUUGGAAGUUAAAUUGUCACGACCUUAUAACGACUGAGAAAGGAUUCGGAGCCACAAUUAAUGCCAUAAACGGAAAACUUGAAUGCAAUGGAGCAAAUCCGGCCACGGUUGCUAGUCGUGUUAAGUACUACUUAAACUAUUGUAAGCAACUCGGAGUUGAUCCGGGGGCAAAUCGGAGGAAAAGGAUUCUAUACGCGCUCCGCUUUUCUGCACGCGCUACGAGAUUAUCCCGAGUUUGGAACUGUAGAAGCUUCCAAGCGCGAGAUAUGUGCUACAUUGAAGAGAUCAAGGAUACGUCAAAAGACUACUGUGACAAAACUAACACGCAAUAUCCAUGCACGCCUGGCAAGGGCUACUACGGGCGGAGCCCGCUACAAUUAUCGUGGAACUACAACUAUGGCGCGGCUGGUGAUAGCAUAAAUUUCAAUGGAUUGAAUGAUCCUGAUAUUGUAGCUAGAGAUUCGGUUAUCUCAUUCAAGACCGCACUCUGGUUUUGGAAGUUAAAUUGUCACGACUUUAUAACGACUGGGAAAGGAUUCGGAGCCACAAUCAAUGCCAUAAACGGAAAACUUGAAUGCAAUGGAGCAAAUCCAGCCACGGUUGCUAGUCGUGUUAAGUACUACUUAAACUAUUGUAAGCAACUCGGAGUUGAUCCGGGGGCAAAUCUGAGUUGCUAGAUAACAAGAGAAAGGAUAUGAGUGAGAGCCACUUGUGAGGAAGAAAUAAAAUUAAGAAGAAAUGAGUUUGUGGAGUGCUAGCAAAUCGAACACUAAAUCGUGUGAACUUUAGCUUUUAAGCAGAAACUUUUUUUGUUUAGUGUUUAUGGAAAUGCUAGCUUCUGGAUUUACUUAUAAUUUAUUUAGUUUUAUGUGGUGAGAUGAGGCAGUAAUUUGUGUUGUUAUAUGCCUUCUUCAUUAUUGACACCUUUU